AAAAAAUCGCCCGCCACAGAUGUCUAUUGUUCGGAGUGGUCUAUUUCGCAGCUUCUCAAUGGAGCCACUUAGAAGAACGCAGAUUUUUUGCUGUAGUUAAUUAAAAAUGAUAUUUUCAGUGUUAGUUUUUUGUGUUUUGAGUGCUAGUGGUAACGUAUUAGAUAUAAAAAAUGAGACGGAUUAUCGCAAACAAAACGAAGAUGAUUAUUAUCUAAACUACGACUACGAAAUCGACAACAAUUCAAUGAAUUUAGAAGUUAACUCUAAAUCCCUGGUGCUUCCUUACCAGAAUCUACAGUCCAAGUACACUGUAGACGUGCUCCCUAACGUGGAACUUCCAGACGAUUCCCUGGCAGACCCCGAUCUGAGAGACCAUGAUUUCAUUGAUAACAUUAUGUACGUCUAUUACGGCUCCCACACCAGAAACACCGGAACCUAUGGACCAGAAAUUAUCAUAAUCGGAUCGGUAUUGAGCUGCGCUGCUCAGCUGCUCACAAUCUUUUGCGUCUUGCUCAAAAAGAAUCAGCGAGGGGAGAGAAUGAUGACUUACAUUUUUUUCCAAAUUUUGGGAACUUUCUGCAUAUCAAAUUUGAUAUUUAUGUUGGGAGUCUAUGCGACCAAAAGUGCAACAAAAUGUCUUAUUAUAUCCCUUAUAUUAUAUUUUCUGCACCUCAUGGUAUCAGUCUGGCUGUGUCUUUACUGCUUCUAUAUCUACAAAAGAUUUUCAACAGGAGGUCUAAUAAAAGAACGACAUUUAAAGGUGAAAUACUUCAACAUGGCUGCCUACGAUAUCCCAACCUUCUUAACUUUGGCGACAUACUUCAUCGCUCCCCACAGCUACGAAUCUAGGAGAUUCUGCUUCAUCUCAGUGCAAAAAGGAAUGAUUCUCAACUACAUGUUCCCAAUAUCCCUACUCAUAUUCCUAACAACGAUCCACUCUUUGAGCGGUAUCAGAAAAAUCAACAUGGAAUUGUGUAAAUUGGAAUUGAAUAGCUCUGCUGAGUCUCUAAACGCACUGAAGAAUGAGCUGGAGAUGUUGAAGGAUAGAAAAGAUGAAUGUAUGGACGAAGAAAUAAUGAGCUUGAGGGAGUCGAAGUCUUGCCUGAAAUUGCUGUGUAUUAUACAAACUGGAUAUGAUAUUGUAUGGUUUGUGGUUGUUUUGGCUUUGGAAAAUGUCAAUGAAAGUAGCGGAAUGGCGAUUAUUUAUGCCAUCACGUCUUGUUUACUCAAUUGGUAUAUUUUCAUCAAGAGAAAAAGUCUAAUGCCGACUCUUAGCGAUCUGCCCGACGAUAUGGAAGAAGUUAUUGUCCAAAAGGAUCUAACGCAUAUCGUCACUGCCUCAGCUAAUGUAUCGAGAAGAGGAUCUUCCGACAGCAUCCCCCUACUCAAUUCGGAUACCGGCACCGAGAUGAGGGAGCUGCGGCUGGAUCAUAUAAGUACAAUAACUACGUAAACUGAUAUUCUAAAAAAAUAUUCGAGAUUAGGAAUUAUUACAAGAAUAAAAAUUUUAAUGUACUUACCUUAUUUUCUAUGGGAAAAAACAAUUUUUGAAGCUUAAUAAAUCCUCAAAUAUCUUCAGAUAUCAUAUUUGACCUUGGCAGCAUCAGACACUAUUUGUCAAUACCUGACAAACCUGUGUUUAGUGUUUAAAAUCGGCUAAACCGUUUAGAACCUAUCGAGCUCCAAAAUUUAGCCAAAGUUUACCUGUCACGGAAAAAUAUAGCUGCAGAAAAUAUGAGCGAAUAAUUUGUAAUGAUUCCUAAUAGAGUAUUGAAAACUUUCGAAAUUUCAAAGAUUGUUAUAUGUAAAGGUAUAUUACCUAUACUAUUGUACUCUAAUAUACAGGGUGGGCCAUUGGUACGAGGAAUCAAAAUUCUCCGUUCCGUAGCUGUUGGCGAAUAUCAAUUUUAUAAGUGAAUUAGGUACAAUAAAAGAUAUGAACUAUUAUAAUUUAAAGUUAAGCGAUCUGUCUGCAGCAGCGGACGUAGUACUUGUUACUAAUGGCUCAUCUUGAAUGAUACUACAUAGUAGAUAUUUCACUAAAUCAAACGGUUGUUGAAAAUAGAUAUUAUUGAUAUUAAUUUGAUCUAUAUUAUUACUUAUCUAUAUUGUUAUUAUCUAUAUUAUUACUUAUGAUCUAUUAUUUAAGAAAAUGUUAAUUAUUUAGGCUGAAAAUAUAAAAUAGUAAAUUUUACACUUUAUCUACUACACAAUUUGUUCAAUCAUUGUGUACUAAAGGAAUGUUGAAAAUUAAUGGUAUUGAUAUCCUUAUGACAUGCAGAUUAAUACGUCUAUCCAGGUCAAAAUGUAAUAAAGUCAACCAGACCUUCAAACUAUCUCAUGUCACCUCGUACGUCACGAUGGGAUUGAUAUCAACCAUUAACUGUGACCUCACAGGAGACUUAUCUAUAUUUUCAAUCCUGAGUAACUGGUUCUGAACCUUGCUACCUCGGUCGGUAAUACAGAUGCAAUGCUUAUCAAGAUUGGCGCCCCAUGUGUGUCUGGCCCAAAUGACCCAUACUCUGCUAGUAAUUACUUACAACGAUCGGUAAUGCAGAUUCCAUAUUAAUUUGUAAAUUAAUGUGGAUAGAACAUGGCGGACGGGUGAUCAUUUUGUGUGCUUACGACCUCACAUGAAACGUGUCUAUGGUUUAUAUCCUGAAUAAUGUUCUGAAUCCUUCCACGUAGGCCGAUAAUUCAAAUGCAAUGCUUAUCUACAUUGGUGCCAUAUGUGCUUGGCUGUCUGGUCCAAGUGAUCCAUACUCUGCUGUAAUGUGCUGGGCUGCCUUUGCAGCCCAGCUGCAAAAGAAAAUUCAAAGAACCAUGGAACCAUAGAUGUUUGGCAUUUCACUUCGAGAACAUGUCACUAAUAAUUUAUCAAUUUAGAAAACAAAAUGACGAAUUACAACAGGUAGUAGAUCAAGUUAGAGGGAAGACGAUAAUACUGGGGGAUUUUAACGCUCGAAUAGGUAACCAAGUAAUACCCAGAAUUAAGCAAAAACACAAUGAAAAUGUUAAAAAUGAAAAUGGAGAACUGAUGAUAAACUUCUGCACAAAUAACGAACUUGGAAUAAACAACACAUUUUUUGACCACAAAGACCAACACAAAUAUACAUUCAAUAACACCCGUGGACAAAGAUCUAUGAUAGAUUAUGUUGUAACCAACAGAGAUAUACAUCCAUCAAAAAUAAUCGACGUAAGAUGCCUCAACUCAGCAGAUGUAGGUAGCGACCAUAGCCUAGUAUUAUGUAAAAUAGGAAUCAUUAUGAAAUAUUUCACACCUAAGAGGGCAGCAAUAACACAAACAAAAAUCAAAGUCGAAGGACUACAUACGGAAUCCACGGAAUACUUCUACAGGAAAAGAAUAUCAGAGAAGAUUGCUGAGAAUGGAAUAUUAGAAAACGAUAACAUCGAUGAAAGCUGGCAAAAACUCAAAGAUAACAUAAUCGACGCUGCAACAGAAUCACUUGGAGAGAGAAAAGUAACGAAUACUCACAUAUUAAAGAAAAAAACCCAGUGGUUUAGAGAGGAAGUUAAGAUAAAAUACGAAAAAAAGAAGAAAGCCUUUUUACAAUACAGAACAAAACAAACACAACAGGCAUACAACCACUACAAACGAAUCAGAAACGAAACGAAUAUUUUAGUGAGGCAAAUAAAAAGGGAGCACUGGCAGAGUUUCUCAAAACAGAUGUAACACGACUUCUACGGAACACAAAAAGAAGUAUGGAGAAUGAUCACAGGGCAAAGAAAGGAGAUGAACGAAUUAAUAAAAGCAAAACACAUGCAAAAGGAAACAUGGGCAGACUACUUCCGAUCUCUAUUUGCUAAAGGCGACGAUAAUGAACCACCAUCACCUGAAGUUACGACAAACGAAGAAAUAAACAUCGAGGAGGGAGAGGUAAAGGAAGCAUUAAGAAAAUUAAAAAAUAGAAAAUCUCCAGGAGAGGACAGAAUAUCGAACGAACUCCUAAAGUACGGAGGACAAGAUCUAACUAAACAACUAUUAAAACUAAUACAAAAAAUAAUAAAACAAAACAGAAUACCACAAGAAUGGAGAUCAAGCAUCCUAAUACCUCUCUUCAAAAAAGGAGACAAAUCAGACCCGGAGAAUUACAGAGGGGUUAACUUAUUAAACACAACAUUAAAAUUAACAACAAAAGUGAUAACAAACAAAUUGAAUGAAAUUAUAACAUUAGCAGAAGAAGAACAAGGUUUUAGAUCGGGAAGCUCAUGCACUGACGCAUGUUGAAUACAACAAACCGGCAUAUUUAUGUUUCGUGGACCUUAAGAAAGCAUUUGACAGGGUCACAUUAAAGGACGUUAUCCACUUGUUAUACUCGAGAGGGGUACGUCUGGGAAUAAUUAAAACGAUAGAAAACAUCUACCAGAACAACACAAUAAAAGUAAAAGUGGAAGAUGAACUAAUGACCCAAUUGAAGCCGGCAAUGGGAUAAGACAGGGGAAUUCCUUGAGUCCUUUAUUGUUCAACCUGAUCAUGGACGAAAUAAUAAAAAAAGUAAGAACAAAAAAAAAUACCAAAUGGGAGAAAAACAAUUUAAAAUAAUCUGCUAUGAGGACGAUGCAAUACUAAUCUCUCUAAGUGAAGAUGAUUUACAACGUAUGCUGCACCAAUUCAACAUAAUCGCCAGAAAAUUUAACAUGUUAAUUUCCUGAAAAAGACAAAAUGCAUCGUUAUAACAGCAGAUCCAAUAAGAUGUAAAUUGGAGCUGGAAGGUCAGAUAAUAGAACAAGUGAUUGAGUUAAAAUAACUAGGCAUCACACUAUCUAGCUACGGAAGGCUCGAAACAGAAGUGGAAGAUCAAGUGAAUAGAGCAAACAGAGCCGCAGGUUACCGGAAUGACACAAUAUGAAGAAAUAAAAAUAUCGAAAAAGAAAUGAAAGGUAGAAUUUACAAAAUAGUCAUCAGACCAAUAAUGAUAUACGCGGCAGAAACACAACCCGACACAGAGAGGACAAAAAGAUUGCUCGAAACAGCGGAGAUGAAAACCCUUCGCAAAAUCGAUGGUAAGACUCUAUGGGACAGAGCUAGAAGUACAGAUAUACGACGGAGAUGCAAGGUGUAUAACACUAAUAACUGAGUAAGAAACAGAAGAAUAGAAUGGAACGACCACAUAAGCCGAAUGACAACAAAUAUAGUAAGUAAGGACGGAGAAAGACGGUUCUCCACAGUGGGAAGACCACGAAAACGAUGGAACGACAACUUAUUAGAGGCACAUUGAAAACACAGACAGAGUCAUGUCUAUACAAAAAGAAGAAGAAGAAGAAAACAAAAUAAAAGACUUUAUUGAAAAAGCAACUUUAUUGAAAUGCAAGUGAGCUGGACAAUGAACGCCUCGACUUUUGUAGAUAGAGCAGAAAAUUGGUAGUUGAAGACUUUCUGUGGCAAAGAAAUCACGAGCAAGACUCCAAAUGCGAAGGGCGAUAACAUUAAGAGUGUUUAAAGAACCAAUAUGAAAACAAAAAUGUAGAACAAUGGGAUGCCUUACCAACACUAUGGUAUAUAUGCUCAACUUUGCAGACAAUCAAGUAAUAAUGGCUCAAGAUCAUGACGAUUUAAAGUAUAUGGCCCAAAAAUUAAUUGAAGAGUAUUAUAUAUGGGGUAAAGAAGGCAAUAAAAAGAAAACCGAGUACUUGUGCAUUGGAGAACAAAGCUUUACUACGACUACAAAUAUUUAGGUAUCAAUAUUUCGCCUGAUGGAAAUUGGACAAAGCCAUAAAGUAAAGAAAUACAUAUAUAUAGUGAAAAGACUGUAGUGAAAAGUAUAACUAUAUACACCUAUGAGGUAUGGCUACUGAAAGAAAGAGCAUUGGCAACGAUGAGAGCAACGGAAAUGUAUUUUAGGAGAAGAACAGCUGGAAGAUCUAAAAGAGAAAGGAUUACUAACGGACACAGAGAAAUAAUGAGAAUCAAACGAACAAUGACUGGAGACUUAUCAACAAAACAAUUUAUCUGGUUCGGACAUAUAAAUGAAUGAAUAACGAAUACCAUAGAAAAUACUAAAAUGACAACCAGAAGGAAAGAGAAAACGAGGUAGAUCGAGAAAAAGUUGGGACGAAGAAACAAGGACAAAGAGCUGAGAGAAAGUAGCAUAGAAAGGACCUAUAGAAAAACUGGACGAAGUAGCGAUUGAAAGUCGGAAAACGGCGGAGAAUGUUAUAAACCGACAUGUUGUAGUAGUGUAAUAUAAUUAGGACAAUCUAUAUAAAAUAUGUUUUAAGUUUUAAGUAACUUUAUCAAAAUAUAAUAAUAGGGUAUUAGCCCGAUACGAAAACACUGACAUUUGACCGUGAAUUAGAAACGUGAUGUAUUAAUAUUAUGUCGGAAAUAAAUGCAGUGUAGGUGAAUUUAGUAUUAGGGUUAUUGUUAGAUAUUUGAGUUGUACAAAUAUAUUGGUAAAGGUAAUGUGAUGUUAUUGUAAACAACUUAUGGUUGAAUCACCGUUUGUUCGAUGUAAAUAUAAUGUUAGCUGAACAACAGAGUUUUAAUUAAUAUGGACCUAAUAAAGACUUAAAAGACAUUAUGGACACUUACUUAUGACAUGGCGAUCCUGCAUAAGUGCUGUUUCACAUUAUAAGAAUUUAAACGUGCGAGGGUUAGAACGCACGACGACAUUCCAAUGGUGGCACAUGUAAUCAUAUGGAGCCUUUCUCACUAGACGGUAGUUGAAACGUUCGGUGAAGUCGCCGUGUUUAUGCCGUCCCUCGCUUACAACAACAGACGGCAGCCCUGCCGUCUUUACGCACCCAGUAGCAUAGGGGACUUAAUGCAUCCUUUCAUAUGAUACUGUCGUUCAGUCGGACGAAGGUAGUUUAUUUGGUUGUUUGGUACAUUAUUUUCAUUUACACUUUGUGGCUGUUUAAAGUAGGUGCAUAUAUUUUAUAUUAUGAUGUCUCGGAUUGAUAGUGAAAUAUUAAUAACAUUAAUUGAAGCGAGACCUGUUCAUUGGGACAAAACAAUAGAAAUAUAUAAAGAUAGAAACUUGACGAGAAAUGCUUGAAAUGGUGUAUGCCGUGCACAGUGCAACCGUGCACGACUUAAUUUGAAUUAAUUAAUUUGUCUAAUUAGGUGAUAAAGAAAAAAACCGGUUCCUCUUAUUUCUCUUUCUUCGACGAUAAAGUAAACACAACGCUAUCAUUUAUUUUGCUCCAUAUAAAAUAUACCUUUUAUUCUACGAAAUUAUAUUUAGUUUUAUAGGGUAAACAACUCGGUGAAAACUGGAGUAGGGCUGCGGUCAUGUUUUGUGUGAAAUUAUCUAAAAACAACAUUUAAAACGAGGGGAACAACAUUUAAAAAUGAAUGGAUGACAGAGGGUCUUUUAAAUUCUGCACAUGAAAAAUAUAGAUUGUAAUGUUGUUCUGAAGAUGUUUCCUUGUGGAAUUUUUAUAAUAAACUAGUCUAAAUGGGAAAUAAGCCACAAUUUAACUAAAAAAAUAAUUUUAUUAACGUUUCGACACCCAAAUCGAAUGUCGAAACGUUAACAAAAUCAUUUUUUAGUCCAAUUGUGGCUUAUUUCCCAUUUAGAAUAGUUUAUUACAUAGAUUAUAUGAGCUAAUUAGAUGAGCUAAUCCAAGAUCCCACAAAUAACUUAGUAGAAGAACGAGUAUAAAAACAAAUUAAGGCUUUUAAUUAAAAACAUAAGAAAUAAUAACUGACAAAAUAGAAAUUGCAAAUAAAUUAAAUACGCAUUACAGUACGUUAGGACAAAAGUAUGUCCAAAAAAUACCCAUGUGUAAUGAUACAUAACAGACAUCGUAUUAUGUACCUACCUUAGCCACAAAGUGUAAAUAAAAAUAAUAUACCAAACAACACAGCAAAAUACCUUCGUGCGACUCAAUUCUUAUUGUGUGAAAAGGAUAGGUGCGUCAAAACUAUCGCACGAGGCCACGAGGAAACCCUCGCACGUUCAAAAUUUUUAUAAUGUGAAACAGCACUAACUCUCCUACUAAAUUCACCUAUACUGCAUUCAUUUAUACCCGACAUAAUAUUAAUACAUCACGUUUCUAAUUCACGGUCAAAUGCCAGUGUCUUCGUAUCGGGCUAAUAAAAGUUAUUUAAAACUUAAAACAUGUUUUAUAUAGGGUGUACUAAUUAUACUACAUUAUACACUAGGUAAUAGUAGUAGGGUGAGGAAACGGAAGUGAUUUUUGUAAGGAAGUCGAAGCCAUCUGAACAUCUAAGAGCUGUGGUCUUUGACAAUAUGUCAUUCGAAAAUCUGAUUUACAGGGAUGGCGGUAAUUUCGUUUAAAAUAAUACAACAGCAAUUGUUUUUGGACUAAGAUAUGUUUUCCAUUUAGCAAGUUAAUUAAUUUUUGCUAUUAACAAAUAGUGCUGUGAAAAAUUAUAAAAAGUACUUAACAAGAAUAAGAACGUCAAAGCUUACUAAAGAUGAGGAGCACCAACUAGAAAAAUGAAUAGGUACGUAUAAUGCUGGAGAUCACUCGGAAGUAUGAUUAUUUUAACAGUAAUAUGGUCACAAGAUGAUAAGACGAUAUUGCUUGUGCUUGGAUGAGUACAGUAGUGAUGUUGAAAAAGUAACUAUUCGUUACAAAGUACUCGUUACUUACGCAUACCGAAAGUAACGAUUAUUAUACAGAGAGGCAAAUCGUUACUUUGAUUACUCUGAUUACUUCGUUACUUUGUACCAAUCGUAUCAGAGCGAGUAACGGCUAUUGUAUCUACUUUGAUUACUUUGAUUACUUCGUACUUCGUGAAGGUCGUUAUUAUAUCGGAAUCUCUAUACAAAAUACCUACCUACUGAGAAAUACGAUUCUCGAUAUGAUUCUUCUUCUUCAUGUACCAUGUCCUUUUAGAACGUUGGUUACCAUCAUAGCUAUCUUAAUUUUAUUCACUGUCACCCUAAAUAGCAUGCUUGUAUCAACCCCAUACCAAUCUCGCAAGUUCUUCAAUCAUGAUGUUCUUCUUCGUCCUGGACUGCGUUUGCCUGCUAUUUUUCCUUGCAUGAUAUUUUGUAGCAAUCUAUAUUUGGGACCUCUCAUUACAUGUCCGAAAUACUCCAGCGUUCUCUGCUUGAUGCUUUUUAUGAUCUCAGUAGUCUUGCUGAGACGUUCUAGUAUUGUGGAGUUUCGAAUCUUCUCCACCCAGGAAACUUUUCUCCACAUUUCGAAAGCCUCAAGGCGAUUUAGAUCAAUUUUAUUCAUAGUCCAGGACUCGACACCAUAAAGUAAGACCGAGAACACGUAGCAGCGAAGUAGGCGGAUCCUCAAUGCCAAUUUUGGGUCUCUGUUACAUAACACCUUGGACAUCCUUCUAAAAGCGGCUCUAGCCUGCUCUAUCCUUGAUCUAAUUUCGCCGUGACUUUCUGCGUUACAAUUUAAUUGCUGUCCAAGGUAAACGAUUUUAUUACUGGGACUCAAAUACCAAAGUAAUCAUAGUAAUCAAAUCAUUUUUAUCUCAAACAGAUUGGUGAAGGUCGUUGUUAUAUCGGAAUACCAGACCUACCUACUGAGAAAUACGAUUCUCGAUAUGAUUACUGGUACUCAAAUACAAAAGUAAUCAUUGUAAUCAAAUUAUUUUUAUCUCUUAAACAGAUUGGUGAAGGUCGUUGUUAUAUCGGAAUACCUAUACAGACCUACCUACUGAGAAAUACGAUUUUCAAUAUGAUUACCGGUACUCAAAUACAAAAGUAAUAAAAGUAAUCAUAGUAAUCAAAUCAUUUUUAUCCCUUAAACCGAUCGGUGAAGGUCGUUGUUAUAUCGGAAUACCUAUACAAAAUAUCUACCUAAUGAGAAAUACGAUUCUCGAUAUAUGAUCACCGGUACUCAAAUAAAAAAGUAAUCAUAGUAAUCAAAGUAACGAAUACUGUAAAUGAUUACUUUAUACAAAAUACCUACCUACUGAGAAAUACGAUUUUCGAUAUGAUUACCGGUACUCAAAUACAAAAGUAACAAAAGUAAUCGUAGUAAUCAAAGUAACGAAUACUGUAAAUGAUUAGGUGCUUUAUACAAAAGUAACGAUCUGUAACGAACACCCGAAAGUAACUAUAAUCAACAUCACUAGAGUACAGUGGAAGUAAAUGGGAUGGUUUGAAAAGGAAGAACAGAUAUGCUACUACGUAGCAAUAUAUGAACGAACUAUGUCAUGUGUAUUCAGUUUUGUUAUCGAACGUAGAUUAAGAGAGCAAACAAUAUUUAAAAAAUGAUUCAAAGUGUUGCAAAACGUUAUACAUAUUGUAUAUAAAUACAUGUAUCCUAAUGUAUAAUCGAAUAUUCUAAAUUUUAAACAUUUUUAAUGAACUGUACUAAAUAUAGUAUUAUUUUUUAUAUUUCACCUUAGACAAGAAAUUAAUACUCUAAAAUCUUGUUUCUUCCAUUUCAAAAUAUCAUAAAUAAUGUAAAAAUGUAAUUAAAUUAAGAAAUCCUUAGCUAAUAUAACUAUUUGUAAGUUUAUUGAUAUAUACUGAAGCCUAGUAAAAUAUAGGAUGUUUCUGGUAGACCUAAAAAUAUACUCGUCUCUUAGAAAAUAACUGCAGUAUUAAACGACAAUAAUAUUAUCGAUAAUAUUUCGAUAAUAUUAUCGAUUAUUUCAUUCAUAGGAGAUUCUGACCAAUAGAAAGCUACAGAAAUGCAAAUUAAGGUGAUAAUUUUUGAUAAUAUCCCGUCGUCAAGUAUAUUACGUCAGAUGCCCUUCGUUGCUAUGAAAAAAUACAUUCAGUGACAUUAAUGAAAAUUAAUGUUUUAAAAGUUAUAAAAGUGAUGACUUUCAACCGUAAAAUAUUUUAUAUCAACUGUGUGUUUAACAGUACUAAUUUGUACUUACAUAAAUAAAUUACAAUAAAAUUUUGGUUUUGAACAGUUUUAUUCAUGAAAUAAUCGCAACAAAUUGCACUCGAUCUCUAAAAUUAAUAUAGAAUUUUAGAGCUCUUGUGCAAUUACUACUGAUAAUUUCCUCAUCUUCAAAAAGGAUGCUUUGAUUGCUCUACUCUUGAUCGAAUUUCUGAUUUCGGAUUUAGAUCUUCUGUAAUCCAGACUUUUAUGUACAGUGAAACCCCGAUAAGUCGGCCUCCGAUAACCCGAAAAUCCGGCUAACCCGGACCGAUUUUCAUCAAACAGAACAAACAUUUUUUCAGUUUGACUGAGUUUUUUACCAAGAAAUGAAUAAUAUAAUACUGUAUACAACUGUGCGUAAUUAAGAUGUAUUGUCCAUAUGUAUUUCAUGUUUUUGCAAUUAUAAUGGAGUUUACCUGUAAGUAGGUAUACAGUAUUUUAUUAAUUUUUACCGUAUUGUCCGGAUAACCCGGAUUUUCGAUAACCCGGAUCGGCCGCGGUCCCGAUUAACCCAUUCAGGACGGACCGAUUUAUCGCGCGCCUAUGUCUAGGACGGUGUCAGGAAUCCAACGGGUGAGGACGGUUGCCGUACUAUAACGGUAGCCGUGAAUGAUGCGUUUUUAGAAAAACUAUCUAAACACUUUGUUUUUAUACUAUGUUUCUUGCUGCUUACUUAUUUACUUAUUCAAGAUUAAAACAUAUUAAUUAAAAAUGCUUUUUAUUUACAACCCCAAAAAUAAUAAAUGUACCUGUACGUCGGUCGUACUGAAACUAAUGCGUUUUCCAACUGCCGUACCGGUGCGGCAGCAGUCUUUCAAAGAGAAUAUUACUGACGUACAUCUACGACAUACAGCAGUAUAAUAUGUACGGCAUCAGUCCAGAAAAAAUUGCAAAAGAUAUAAAACUUAUACGGCAGCCGUCCCAAGCUAUUGCAUACAAAGUAGUACAUGUACGGCACCCGUCUAUCAAAGUGGUCUUUGAAUAACGUACCAGUACAUCAAUCGGCCUGAAUGGGUUAGGUUAAGCCGCCGUAUCGAGGUCCCACUGUAUUUAAUUUUGUCCACUUGUUCGAUAUCUUUAUUUUUUAUCUAGAUCCUUGUUAUGACUUUUCCCCUCUUGUGAUCACCAUGAUUUUUGGUUUAUUUUUGUUGAUUGUUAAACCAAACUAUUCUCCAGUAUCACAAAUUCACAAAUUGUGUUAGAAGCAUCUGUAGGUCGUUUUCACGUUCAGCCGUUCAGCGAUAAUUACUGUAUCGUCGGCAUAACGAAUGUUAUUUAUAUUUUCACCAUUACAUUUAUGUUGAUCCCUUCUGAGCUGUUUUCAAGUGCUUGUGUAAAUAACUCUUCGGAGUAUACAUUAAAAAUGAUGAAAGUACACAGCCCUGUCUCACUCCUCUACUUAUGUAUCUGUUGCGCAUCAGUGCUAUUUCCAUCUAAUGUUACAACCAUAAUAUUAUUAAAAACGGAAAACGAUAUAGCGCCGAUAUAACACCUGGGGUUAUAACUUAUAACGUAGAGUUAAAAUUAAUGCUGUUGAUAGCGAUUUCCGGUAGAACCGAAAGUCAUGCUAAGCUGAAAAUAAUUAUGGGAUGUUAUGUAGAAAAUUAUUUUUAGAGAUAUGUCUAAUUGAGAGAGUCUCGGUGAAACAUUCUAUAUAAAGAAUUUAAAUCAAAACCAGAUUUGUGCAACCGAAAGUAUUUGUGAACAUUUCGAGGUAUUUAUUUUAUAGAAAUCUUUAGCUUCAACAUCAACAAACUAAAUUUAUAAGCUCUUGAAGUGCAUGAAAUUAAACGUCUCUCUCCUCUCGUUUCCCCAUCUGAGGAUCGUGAUUCCUUCCAAUAUUCCUAACAAUGUUUCUCCAUUGAUCUCUAUCUUCAGCUGCUCUAAGAGCUUCGCAGAAUGAGUUUCCAGCUAAAUUCUUUAUUUGGUCGGACCAUCUAGUUGGUGAUCGUCCUCUUGAUCUUCUCCCCGGAACGUUUCCAGAAACAAUUGAACUCUCCAAACUGUCGUCAUCUCUGCGAACCACGUGACCAAAGACUUGCAGUAUUCGUUGCAGACAUAUUGUGGACAGCCAUUUUUUAAUCUUAAGUUGGUUUAGAAUGGAAAUGUUUGUCCUAUGAGCUGUCCAAGCUAUGCGCAGUAUUCUUCUCCAGCACCACAUCUCAAAGGCAUCAAUUUUUUGGCGCUCGCAUGUGCGAAGAGUCCAAGUCUUUGCUCCGUAUGGAAAUAUUGAGAAUACAAGGGCAUUCACCAGUCUCAUCUUGAUAUUCUGAGAGAUAGAUAUGUCUUUCCAAACUUUAGUUAGACGGCUCAUCGCAUUUUUUGCCAUACCAAUACGUCUCCGAACUUCUGCUUCACAGUUACCAUCUUUAGUUUUACUAGACCCGAAAUAGACAAAGGUGUUUACUAUCUGGUAUUCUUGUAACAUGUUAGUCAGUUGAAUAGUGUCGAGUCUGUCGACCACCAUUAUUUUUGUCUUAGCUUUAUUGAUUUUUAGACCAACUUUAUUGUUUUCGUACUCAACUCUUCGCAGGAGAUCAAACAUUUCUUGCUCAUUUGCAUAAUAUAGUGUAGCAUAAGUGUAGUGUCAUCAGCAAAUCUUAAAUUGGAGAUUUUCCUACCAGCUACUGUUACUCCACCGGCCCAUCCUUCUAAAACCAUCCUCAUGACAUGUUCACCAUAAAUGUUAAAUAAGUCAGGUGACAACACGCAUCCUUGUCUAACACCUCUCUCGGUCUUGAAUUGGUCUGAGAACUUAUGAUCUAGUCAUACUGUCGCUAUGUUUAACUGGUACAGAUUUUUAAUAAGUGUCACCAGAUGCAUCGGUGCGUCCAUUUCUAUUAAAAUUGACCACAGAAAAUAACACUCACGAUUAAAUGGAUUGGAAAUACACUGAGGGAAGACCAAAAUAAUAUAAUAAGCCAGCCACUCGAAUACCAACGAGAUGGAAGAAUAAGCAUACAAUAGCUAGAGAAGAACUUUAACAAGAGAUCAUGAAAGAAUUGGCCUGAGACGGAGGGAGGUGAAAGAGGGAGCGAGCAAUAGAAAGAAAUGGAAAAGACUUGUAGAGAACAUUUUCGAAAGAAUAAAACAAAAGAGGAUGCGCUGAUCCAGUCAAUCAGUGAUCUUUCACUUUUGAUGUUUUUAAUGAAGUAGUAAUAAUUUUGUGUGUAUUUUUGUAUAACAUUUUAAAGAAAUUUUGAUCGGGAUGUUUUUACAGGAUUGUUUUCAGUCGGUUGCAAAAUCUGUGAUAAUUUAUAAAUCAACUAAACAAUGAAUAUAUACAAAUGAUAAUAAAAUAUAAUAAGUACAUAAUAUAAUAUACAUAGUAGUAAAUAAAAAAAUUGUCAAAACUUAUAUGUUAUACAGAGUGUAACAAAAAACUGGUAAUUCCUAAAUUAAACUACAUAUGGAGGACAUGAUUAAGAAGGCAAGAAACUACUAAAACGCAAAAAAUUUCAAAAUCAUUGUAUUAAAUUCAUGGUACCACAAUAAUAAUUUAAUUGUAAUGUACACACAAAUUUGCGGUUUUAGGGGAUCUUAAAUCCCAUAAAAUAUAAAUUAAGGGCACAUAUUUCUUCUUCUUCAGCCUGUUUGCAUUGACUCCUGGACAAAGGCCUCCCCACGAGUUCCCCACUCUUUUCUAUUUUGUGCUGUUUGGUGCUGUAGCGGUUACGCUACUAAUUAAUUUAAUCCAAUUAAAAUUGCAUUAAUAAUAUCCCUCAAGAAAUUCCUUGUGACACGCCCGCGAUCGAUUUACAAACGAUAUUUCUUUACACACGCGCGAUCAACCUCUUUGAAGUGGAACGAAAUCGAUUUUUUGAUUGGGGGAGGACAGUUCGGUCAGUAAGCUCACCGCGAGCACGUCUAUAUUGAGAAUUUAUUCUCAUUUAUAAGUGACGGAAUUGAAGCAAGAUUUUGGAUGGAAAUCAAAUACCUAUAAAUAACUAUAAGGAAAUCAAACGUCAGCUAAUACCGUUUAAAAAACUAUAUAAUCAAAAUUAAAUAUCUCUUUGGACUUCUCCACAUAACAGAAGUAGAUUUAUCGGCGUGCCUGCUUUCUUUCAAUUCCGUCACUUUACGUCACUUGAAUACUUAUUUAGUAACCUAGAGACCACUUAAAUUGUGGUAGCAACUUUUUUCGGUUACCCGUAGAGGUUGCCAAGACCAUUAAUUUGACCUGAUUUGACUGCAACCAAGAUUGGAUUUAUCACCACAGCAGCCAACUAGUUUUUGCCGUGCCAAGAGGACUUUCCUAUGGACUUUCACUUUCACUUUACAGUGUAAACUUCUUCGUAUGCAUAUGAUCAAGUAAACUACAUAUUUUUUUUCUUGAUAGAUAGGGUUUUUAGGUCGUUGUUUUUUGUUCAAUAUAAAUAAUAGUUUUUUCAAAUAAAUAAAAUCAGGUCUUGGUAAAUAAUCAUUAUAAAUAAUUGCAUACAAAAAUUUGAUAGGAAAUAGGGUUGUUAAAAUUUAUAUAGAGGUUUUUUAAAAAAGGGAAAAUGUCUAAUAUGGUUUGUUUUUUAAAUAGGAUAUAAAGAGUCACUGACCAACUCAUUUAUAUAAUUAUUAUUUUGCUAGGUGAGAUACUUAUUUUGUUUGGUAACCGUAGAUGUUCUUGUCGUGUAUCUCAUUUUAGUCUAGUUCAAUUUGGAUUUUGAUAUUAAUACUUUUGCUUGGCACAGUUUGGAUCCUCGGACUUGAGCCUAAACUAUUCUUGGUCAUUCGUAGGAGCAUCUGUAUUUAUGACUUUCUUUCCAUCUUUUGUCAUAUACUGCUUAUACAGCUGAAUGUUCGUAGAAAAAGAGAAUCUUGAGUCUUUUACAUUUCAAAAAGCGCUCCGUAUCAUCUGGAAACGGAUAUAAUAGUACUUUAGUUUCCAUUAUAGACACUAUUAGUAAAGAAGACAAUUUUUCUGCUAAUCCUUCUUUAUCAGUUCAGAUUUCUUCUCGUUUUGGAUUACCGAUAAUGCUGAACAAUUCAUUAUAAAACAACUUGCACUGAAAAUCUUGUAUUGUAGGAAUAAUCUGAAAUUCUAUUUGUGGUAGUGGAUAUUAGCUUGUUUAGCGACUAUUAGGUCCUGUUUGAUAUUUACAUCACCCACUACCACUAUUAUUCAGUUUUUGCGUUAUACAUGUUAAUAAGUGUUUAUAGAUAUAUAUAACAUAUUUAUUAUAAAUAUAUUUGUUGCUAGUAAGGUUGAUUUUUUAUUUCAGUCUUUAUUAUCAGUAUAAAUAUAGCAAGACAAGGUAAGUUGAGUAUUUUUGUAUUUCAGGUGAUUGUAUCCAUUGUCAUUUAUUUACUGUCGUUCGUUACUUCAAAAAUCUCGAGCUUUUCAAAUUUUAGGUCCUUAAAGCCCGAGUUGGCGCACAUCUUCUUCUCUCCUUGUCGUAUUUUUCAAAUCACCUUAUUUCCAUAGUUCUUAUCAAGUUGCCUUUCAUUUUUGUAUUAACAGGUCUCAUUUUCUUCCUUGUUUCCAUCAUUCCAUUAUCCCAUCUCUCUAUUUUUAUAGCUCAAAGCCAAUAUUCAGUGUAUUGAAGCUAGUCCGAAUAUUCACUUGAGAUAUAGUGUCUCUCUGCCCAUUUGAUUUGUUCUUCCGAGCUAAGCCACUCUUCAUUAGUAUCUUAAAUAAGUAGUUCUUAAGUAGUUCUGCCUCUUCAAAAAUCUCAAUACCCAGAGUAUAGAGGUUUCAGUGCCAGUUUCUACUACUUUUGCUUUGAUCAUUAUUUUAUUACUUAUAUAAUGUAUUAUUAUUAUAUAAUGUAUUAUUAUUUAAAAAAUACUCUUACCAUAGAAAAGCCACUUGAGCAUUUGCAUUAAAAAAUGUUUAUAUAAAUUCAGGAAAUAUUAAAAAAAUUAAAUAUCGUUUUGUAACUUUAAAGGGUUGCUUGGAACUACGUACUGUAAAUGUACAUAAACUAUAAAUUCACUAAGUAUUAAUUAACUAUGUGGUUUAAUUUAUGACCUAUAUUUUUGUUACACACUGUAUUUUUUAUAAUUAAAAUACUUUACCAUUGUUUAUGAAAAUGUAUUUAAGAACUUUGUAAAAAAUCGUAUUUCAUCUUGUGUUUCUCAAACAAAGGUAAAUAUGCUUAAAAUACUGUUGAAAUGAGAUGUGUUCGAUAUUAACUCACUAUUCAUAAUCUUUUGGCCACUUUUUUUAUUAGCCUAUAGAUUAAGAGCCGCUAUAGGUGAAAUUUGCUAAUCAUUUUAGGCACGAUGAGAACCUAUAACUUAAAUAGUAAAACCUAAAAGAAAACGUAUGAAGACUAUGCCGUCACUUUUUAGUGGCACAUGCGUCGACAGUGGAGCAUCAAACUUUCCACUUAUGAACGGGCUCCUAGUCUACUACACCUACACACAUUUUUUUUAAUCUUUUGUAUUUAUCAUUUGUGCGUAAUACAAGGAAGAACACAUGGUAGAAGGUGUCGUCGAAGAAGACGCAUCUCCUGGUUAAACAAUUUGAGAGCUUGGUUUAACUACACUUAUGCUGAUCUCUUUAGAGCAGAGGUAUCAAAAUUGCGAAUUGCCAUGAUGGUUGCCGACCUUCUUAGAGGAGAUGGCACAUGAAGAAGAAGAUUUGUUAUUUGGUGGUUUUACUAUUUCUACCUAAAAAUAUUUAUUCUUAAAGAGAAGCAAGAAGCAUUGUCUAUUGGGAUUUUUUGGUAAUUUUCUUGACUUGGGUUUGUUUAAUAUAUUUUUACAUUGCUCACUUCCUGUGUAUUUUUAAUAUUUCAUGAUAUAUCAAAGUAUCGUAUAAUGAUUUAUACUGUUUGUAGAUUUCAAAAGAUGUGGACACCUUCAUAUGCAGUUGAGUCCGCGAGUCUUUACCCGUGCGUCAUCACUUAAAGCAUACGAAAUAAGUCGGAAAUCUAUUUCAAGCAACAACAACUGACAGAAAGUGGCUACUGUUCCGAUUACGGGUUUUAUUAUAAAAUUUGACGUUAUCAAAUAUAUAGAAUGUCAAAUGUAAGUUUUGCUUCAAAAUUUUUGCGCAUAAUUACAGCUACAUUUGAAGUAGCUUAAUAAAUUCUUUUAUUAUUAUUGAUUAAUAAAUAAAUAAACAAUUUAUAAAAAAAUCCAAUAACAUAUUUUAUUUUUGUUAUUUUAUUCACUUUGACGGAAAUCUAAACACAGUCAUUUCUUUACUGUGUGAAUGACGUUAGCUUUGUAUGUUUUAAAUAUUAAUUGCCUAAAUAUAAUUAUUUACCUUAAAAUUUCAAAGCCCAAUAUAAAAUUAGUUGUGAAAACAACUGUUUGUGUAAUAUAAAGAAACUUCAAAACGCAAAAAUUCGACAAAAACCGCAAAAAGUUCAACUGACUGACAGCCACAAAAUUAAACAAAUCAGAAACGUCAAACAAAUUGUGCUUAAAAUAUGAAAACAUACCGAAUCGUCUUUUUUUGUACCUAUCUCUUUUCAAUGCACUGAGUCUAGAUGGUUCAUAAAAAUAACAUGUGUUGUUACUUAAUAACAAACGGCAGCUGGUUUGUCAUGAGUUUCAUGCAUGGAAGAGAAUGAUGCUAGAUAAAAAGUAUGUGUUUUAUCUCGCCAGAUAUUAAUGACGCACGGGUAAAGACUCGCGGACUCAACUGUACCUAGGUUCACUGCACACAAACACACAUGCUCGUAUCAACCCCAGCCCCGGAUGACAUGUGUGUUCCAAUGGAAAAGUGGGACCCAUAUGUCCGAAGAUCAAACCGGUCACACCCCGUAAUGGAGUGGUACCUAUCCGACCCCCAAGCUAUACCACCACCCCUCCCCAUCGAAGGACAUACCGAAUGGGGAGGCGUUGAACUUAACGUUACUUUGGAUGCCUUGGGUAAUGGGCCAUCCUCUGUAUUACUUCAUGUGGUUAAGCCACCUGACUUUAGGGGUAACUAGAAGAGCUUCUCUCCCUAUUAAUGACUUAGUUAAUUUGUUACUUUACUUUGGACUUGUGUCCUAAAAAAAAUGUGUCCCGGACAUCAAGGCACCGAUCUAAAUCGGUGUCUCGCUGUCCAGACCGUGUGUGCUCGGUCACUUAGCCGCCGAAUUGGCAAAAUAAAUUUUGUUCUCCUCGACGGCUGAGCGCCCGAAAGGUGUGGCCAUCAAGCCCACGUCUAUCGUUACGUGACCUCGAUGCUCAACUUCCGCGACUAUGGUCCAUUUGACCUACCUGAAGGGUACUUAGUGCCAGAAGGGCAACGUUUGUGCUUAGACUAUCCUGUUGCUAUCACAAUUCUUCAUUCGUAAGGGUUUCCUUUAUAUCCAGCUAACUUCUGUCUAGGCCGUCUAUGUACUGUCCUUUGGUUUUCGUCAUAGUAAGUCAAUUCUCUUAAUAAUCUGCUGGGAUGAUUCCUGAUAUUGUCGAAUAUUUUGUGUGCUUUUUCAUCUAUCAUUCUCAGAACUUUCUUUUGUUGCGUGUAUGGUAUAUUCAAAGCUUCCCUGAUGAUGUGGUUUUGGAUAGUUUGUAUUUUUUUCUUGUUGGUUUUACACGUGUGCCCCCAUGCGGCUGAGGCGUAUGUCAGUGUUGGCAAAAUUAUACAAUUUGCCAUCCUAAUCUUUGUCUUAAAUCUCACUUUACUCUUUCGACCUAUUAGCGAUGAGAGUUGACUCCUAAGGGCUUUAGCUUUGUUGAUUCUUUGUUUCACGUGUUCUGUAAAGGUUAGCCAACAUUUUUGUCCAACAUUACGCCUAAGUAUUUGGCUUGAUUUGACUAUUCAAUUUGGGUAUCAAAUAGGGAUAGUACCUCAUUUGGUCUGCCUCUUCCUUUUUGGUACAUGGCGGCCUGUGUUUUGUCAGGAUUGACGGCAAUUUUCCACUGCACACACCAUUCUUGUAGUUCGCCAAGAGCUCUUUGUAGGUGUCUUGUUGCAAAAUCUGGGUGGGUACUGCUAAAAGCUAUCGCUGUAUCAUAUGCGUAUAGACUUAGCAACGAUCUAGGUUCAGUUGGGGUGUCUGCCGUAUAUAUGAUAUAUAGAUUUGGCAAUAACACAGCCCUGUGGCACGCAAGCCUCCAUAGUCCCAAAUUUGGACAGGGUUGGCCCUAUCCGAACUCUGAACCUCCUGUUGGCUAGGUAUGACAAGAGAAGACAGGUCAUCGCCUCACUAUAACCAUAUUGGUUCAUUUUAUACAGUAGGUCGUCGUACCAGACUCUGUCGAAUGCUUUACUGGCGUCUAGAAAGGCCCUAGGCUCAUUGUCAACUAAAGAUAACAAUUUCUUCUUCUUCAGGUGCAUACCGUUUCUGUAUUCACACGUUGGGCGUUACCAUGUUUACAAUCUCCUGAAACCUUUCUCUACCGGCUGCUGCGCGAAAGAAUUCUUCUACCGUGGAACCACACCAUUGUCUAAUAUUGCGCAAUACGCAGCCAUCAAAGUUUGCCUCGAACAAUCCACCUCUUUCCCUUCACUUUUCCUUGUAUUAUAAGGCAAAGUUGAUGAUAUUUAGGUCACCUAAUUAUAUGGCAGAAGUAUUCUGUUGUUCUCCCCUUUAUGAUGUUUAUGAGCAGACUUUCUGAAUCCAUCGAUAGUACCACAAUUGAACGCUUCUAAUUUGUCAUUGUGGUUUUUAACGUCCAUGUCUCACAACCAUACAAUAGGAUAGACCAACACCUAACAUUUCAGGAUCUUCUUGCGAAUAUUCAUCGACAUGUUUCUGUUACAUAAAACUGGUUUCCAGGCCAUAAAAGUCUUACGUGAUAUUUCGAUCCAGGUUAUUAUCUCUUAAUCAAAGUCACAAUUUACAUUUAACCAGCUGCCAAGUUAUUUGAAAUGGUUUCGCGUUCUAUCUCCUCUCCAUUUUAAGAGAAAACAGACCUCGAUCUAUAUUAAUCUUUCCAACUGCCAUCCACUUUGUCUUUUAAAUGUUGAUUUUAAGGGCUCUUCGAUAGCUUGCUUGACUGUCUAGAUUUAGUAAUGUCUGGAGAACUUGUAACUUUUCUGCAAGAAUGUCUAUAUCGUCAGCGUAUCCAAUAUUGUUGAUUACUUCUCCUCCUAGUGCAGAUAACAAAACAACCCCAGUGAAGAAAUUAAAAUAAUAGCGCUUGCCAAUAAGUGUUAUUAGUGUGUCUAUAAUACACUAAUCAGACCAGUGUCAACAUAUGGAGCGGAAACGUGGUCACAUACACAGAAGAACCAAGUACUGCUUAAACGUUUCGAGCAAAAAUUCCUAAGAAGAAUAUGUAUAUGGAGAAACAAAAGAGCAAGGUUUGUGACGCAGGCGUUACAACUUUGAAUUGUAUAAAACUAUUGGGUAACCUCAUGUAAAAUUCAUUAAGGUAGCACACCUUAGAUGGAUAUGGCAUGUAAUCAAGCGAGAAUAAGGUGCAACAGAGGGUUUAUACAAAUAUUAGGUAUGUUAUACUAUGUAUGACUCGAAUAAAUCCUUUCAGAGCAUAGCUUAUGAGACCUCAAAGUCUUGUUAGAAUGAUACCUCAAAGUCUUUUGUGUUCACAUGCUUGUUUAUAAUGCCGUUUAGUGUUAGCUCGAAAUCUUGUUUUGCAGCCAGAAUGUAGAUACCUAUAUGUGGAAUUUAAUGGAUUCUUCAAAUCUAAUCCCUGAGUUAGUCUAAAGACAUUAAGUAGGUACAUUUUGUUUCUUGCUCAUUACGUUAUUAAACUUUUUAUAUUUUUCUUUCAUUUUAUCAAAGUGUGAUUUAUCAAUGUGAAUUUUGUCAAACAAUAAUUUCAUCACGCAUGUUGACAGAACUCAGAAUUUGUACUAUUACUAUCGUGUAACCGAAUAGCAAAAAUACGUUUUCCACCUACCUCUACUCAAAGUAUACAUUUCCUGACCUCAUUGUAGGGAACAAAGUCGUACUUUUCCUCCCUAGGAAGACAAAGUACUUUUACUCCCUAGGAAGUAAAAGUAAAAGUCACGUCACGGUAUGUCAUCGAUGAAAUAACUUAUUGACGUCUUAUAUUAGGUACCUACCUACAGUUUAUUUUCUAUUACGUAAGUGUCUAUACAUUUUAACGUUUAUUUAAAGAACACCCUGUAUUAUUCAGAAUGAUAAAAAACAGUAAAUUGUUAUUUUUAUUUAACAAUGUUUACAUUUAAUAAUUUGACUUUUAUUUGACAGUUGACACUUAUACUGUACCUAUUUGUUAGGUGAAAAAAUCUUGUUAGGUGAAAUGAAAAAUUAGCAUGUUAUUUGAGGGAGGUGGAAAAAUCAUUAUGUAUAAUAUGGGAGUAAAGUGCCUUUUCCUCCCUUGAAUAAUUACUGUAAACUUCAUUCUCGGGAGGAAAAGUAGCACUUUGCUUCCUUGUUAUAGAAAUAGCUAUUCCUCCUAUCUUUAACGUAUUUUCAGAAUAUUUACCUACAACGAUUUUUUAUUUUUUCUUUGGACAUCGGCCUACACAGUAUUAUUCUCUAGAUUAUAAGAUUAAUUCCAAAGAUAAUGACGAUAUUUAGCAAAACUUGUAGGAAUAUAUUAAUACCAGUAUAUACUUGAACUUGAAAAAUAAUAAAUGUUGUUGAAAUCUGUA